AUGUCUUCUACAAAGCAUAAAAAAAGUAAACCAACUUUCACUAAUAAACAGAAAAAGGCUGUCAUCAUGCAUAAAGAAAACAACUCUCAACUUAGUCAAGCUAACCUCAAGCAAUUGAAGACAAUCCCCCUACAAAAAGGCAGAAAACACAUUAUAAUAGAAAAGGCAAAACAGUUCACAGGAUUGAUGAAUAUACCUGAAGAAGAUGCUUCUGUAGAUAACGAUAUUAUUAAUGCUGCUAUUCCUCGGUUAAGAAAAAUUUUAAAAGAAUAUAAUCUAAAAGAUAUUUAUAAUAUGGAUGAGACUAGCUUAUUUUAUCA